AUGUCGAUUGCAGUGGAAGUUGGAUUGCUCAGCGGCAAGACAGCUACUGUGGAAGCCAGCUUCGACGAAGAUGUCGGAACAUUGAAAGCUCGAGCACAGGCUGCACUCGGGGUUGGCACAGGACGGUUAAUGGACUCAUCGGGAAGAUUUCUGGAUCCGUGCGCACUGAUCAAGGACGCUCCAGUGCAGAGCGAUGACGCGCUGACUCUGCACAUAGGCCAAGUUAAAUCACACGGCUCUAAAAGUUCUUUUGCUGCCAUUCUUGGCGAUGGCUCUGUCGUGACCUGGGGUGAUGCUGAAGAAGGUGGUGACAGCAGAGCAGUGCAGGAUCAGCUGCAGAAUGUGCAACAUAUCCAAGCCAGUGACGGCGCUUUUGCUGCCAUUCUGGCCGACGGCUCUGUCGUGACCUGGGGUAAUGCUCACAGUGGUGGUGACAGUAGUGCAGUGCGGGAUCAGCUGAAGAAUGUGCAGCAGAUCCAAGCAACUCGGGAUGCUUUCGCUGCCAUUCUUGACGAUGGAUCUGUCGUGAGCUGGGGUGAUGCUAACAGUGGAGGUGACACUCGUGCUGUGCAGGCUCAGCUAAAGAAUGUGCUGCACAUUCAAGCUGCUGAAUAUUCUUUUGCUGCCAUUCUGGACGACGCAACGGUGGUGACAUGGGGUCAUCCUUUGAACGGUGGUAACAGUAGUCGUGUGCAAGAUCAGCUGAAGACUGUGCAGCAAAUCCAGGUAGCUCGAGACGGCGCUUUUGCUGCGAUUCGCGUCGACGGAUCUGUCGUGACUUGGGGCGAUGUUCGCGUUGGUGGUGACAGCAGUGCUGUGCAACAUCAGCUGGCUGAUGUGCGUCAGAUCCAAGCCUCU